AUGACAUUUCUUUGGCAGUUGUUUGUAAAGUUAGACAAGUUUACAAAUAGCACCGGUGGAGCUCCGUGGUGCUCCAGCUACACGGGUGGAGCUCCGUGGUGCUCCAGCUACACCGGUGGAGCUCCCUGGUGCUCCAGCUACACCGGUGGAGCUCCGUGGUGCUCCAGCUACACCGGUGGAGCUCCUUGGUGCUCCAGCUACACCGGUGGAGCUCCUUGGUGCUUCAGUUACACCGGUAGAGCUCCCUGGUGCUCCAGCUACACCGGUGGAGCUCCCUGGGGCUCCAGCUACACGGGUGGAGCUCCGUGGUGCUCCAGCUACACCGGUGGAGCUCCCUGGUGCUCCAGCUACACCGGUGGAGCUCCGUGGUGCUCCAGCUGCACCGGUGGAGCUCCUUGGUGCUCCAGCUACACCGGUGGAGCUCCUUGGUGCUUCAGUUACACCGGUGGAGCUCCCUGGUGCUCCAGCUACACGGUGGAGCUCCCUGGGGCUCCAGCUACACCGGUGGAGCUCCCUGGUGCUCCAGCUACACCGGUGGAGCUCCUUGGUGCUUCAGCUACACGGGUGGAGCUCCUUGGUGCUCCAGCUACACGGGUGGAGCUCCGUGGAGCUCCAGCUACACCGGUGGAGCUCCCUGGUGCUCCAGCUACACCGGUGGAGCUCCCUGGGGCUCCAGCUACACCGGUGGAGCUCCGUGGUGCUCCAGCUACACCGGUGGAGCUCCCUGGUGCUCCAGCUACACCGGUGGAGCUCCCUGGUGCUCCAGCUACACCGGUGGAGCUCCCUGGGGCUCCAGCUACACCGGUGGAGCUCCCUGGUGCUCCAGCUACACCGGUGGAGCUCCCUGGUGCUCCAGCUACACCGGUGGAGCUCCCUGGGGCUCCAGCUACACCCGUGGAGCUCCGUGGUGCUCCAGCUACACCGGUGGAGCUCCUUGAUGCUCCAGCUACACCGGUGGAGCUCCGUGGGGCUCCAGCCAAUCAGCUGCUUCAACCAAUCCUGAUCCUGCCAAUCAGCUGCUUUAAACCAACCUGA